AUGGCCAACGAGGAUCUCACCACGGCGCGUGGUGAACAGCGGGAUGGCGGCGGUCUGAGGCCGCCACCUCCCCUUCAACCCCGUACUCGCUCGCCCAAUCCUAAAGCCCUCGACGCAGCCAAGGCAGACGCCGCUGUCAGGCAGCCUAGCCCACUUUCUCACACUCCUGUUCGACCCGCUAUCGUCCGCAACCCAAGCUCGAUUGCCUACGGGCAGACAAUGUAUGGCGUCGGCGUCGUAGGCGAUGUUGCUCCUCUCUCCGCCCCUCGUCCCAAGCCCGAUCUCGACAAGGAAGAGCUCACUACCAAGGGCAGAAAGAGGAAACGUCUCGCAAAGGCGUGCAGCGCUUGCCACAAGAACAAGCGUCGCUGCGAUGGCUUUGCCCCCUGCUCAAACUGCGAGUUCUCGGCCCGCCCGUGCAUCUACCUCAAUGCGCAGGGUGAGCAGAUUCCGCCACCCCGCACUCGUGACUCGUCGGCUACACCCCUAAACAAGCGUUCAAGUGAAGACAACGGCAAACCCGCCGCCGCCGCCGCCGCCGCCGCGUACCUGGACCGGCCCAGUGCCGCAACCAAUGGCGGAAGCCCUGAAGGAUGGCGUCGUGACUACCACGAAGCCGCGGCGGCGGGCACCGACAUGCGCGAGUGGCGCACGUCAGGUGAGCAUCGUUCCGCACCCUUUGGUCCAAUUGAGGUUGUCGAACGUGAUCCGGCUCUGCAGACCGAGUUGCUUGACAUUGCCUUUCGGCGCACUCCGGCGUAUGCGUGCAUGUUCCAUGCCCCAACUUUCCACCAUCGCUGGUACCUCAAUCGCGUCCAGCCUUUCCUCCUCGACGCGUUGUACGCCCUGGGCGCAAGACUGUGCGACAACCCCGCGUUCGUCAAGGCGUACCCACCAGACACCCCUACCCACAAGCGCGGUCUUGUUUUCGCCGACCGUUGCCGCGCCAACCUUGACCAUGUCAUUGAGGUCCGCCAGCGGUGGUCUGACGAGGAGCGCAAGAUGGAUCAGGGUACCUGGGAAGAGACGGAGUUUGUGCAGUCUUGCGUCUUGCUUAGCAUGCUCUACAACUCGAACCGCGAGGCUCGCUUGGGCUUCUACUACCUCGAUGUUGCCGUUGCCGUCAUGCGCCCCGGUACGAAUGGUCAACUUCACCCGCCGUCGCCCCGCCUCAAUCUGAACACGUCCGAGUUUUUCACCAUGGCCGAGAUUCGUAACCGCACUCUGUGGCUUAUUGUCCUGCAAGAUAUCUGCGCGGUGGCCUCGGGUCAUCCCCGACGGCUGUCGGACCCGGAGAUUGCGCAUAUCCCGCUGCCUGGCGCAGAGAUGUACUGGCAGCGCUUUGGUGGCAUGGCCGCAAAUGGUCGCGAGCCUGGACGCCGUGAUACCAUCACUGUGGGCAGCGGCAACUGGCACAGCGAGGAGGGGCAGGUCGGCGAGCUUGGCCACAUUGUGCGCAUCCUCAUCAUCUUUGCAAACAUUAUGACAUUUGUCAACUCGGGCGGUGCGAACCCCAUGUUUGGACACAGCUUUGAGACGGCUCUCAAGGCUUGGGCGACGGACCUUCCUCGCAACCUUCGCUUUGACGAGGUCAACCUGCCGCUCAUGAUGCCCAAGAUCAAAAGCCCCGUCGCGGCCGUCGCGUUCAGCGGGUGGGCGUUUGCGUACAUGCACGCGGUCGCCGAGUGCGGCAUGUUUUAUCUGCAGUCCAAGCAGGGCGGCUCUCCUACUGCCGUCCAGCGGCAGGGUUCGGCGGUCGACAACCUCACCGUUCUGAUCGACGCUCUUGGCGAGCGUGGCCGCGAGGGUCCUCUCAUGUUCUUCCCGAUCAUGAUCGUGACGUGCUGGAUGGACCACCUGCACGCGACCUCGCCCACGUCGUCGCAGCAGAUCCUGGAGGAGCGUCUCAACCUCUGGUGGAACGAGCUUUACCGCGAGUGGGGCUGGGAGAGACGCGAGACGCUCAAGCGUGGCAUCUUCCCCAACCUCGAGGACCGGAGCCCCAAGUCGGCCUCGCCGCAGCCGGUCAACCGCGGCCGCACAGUCGCGGAGGGUCCGCAGCAUGCGUCGUCGCCGCAUCAGCCCGAGAGCUCGGCGUCGUCGGCUGCCUCGCAGGCUGUCGUGACGCCCUCGGAGCCCAUGUUCAGCCGGUUCCCGGUGCUGCCGCCGUUGCGCCCUCGGGACCGGAACGAGUCGCCGCGCCGGGGCCGGUCGCAGUCGCCUAGGCGUGGCCAUCGCGCGCUUGGGUCGAUCGGCAGCGCGGGGUCGAUGGAACGGGAGCGGGAAGAGCACCACAAGCGCGACGGCUUCAACCUGCCGCCGCUGUCGUCGUUCCGGUCGUCGCGUGAAGGAUCGCGGGAGCCGCGUCCGCUUGCGCCUCCGAGCAAGCGUUGGGCGGGACCUUCUGGUAGCCAGCUCCUGGGGAUUGAGGCGCUUGUGAGCGCUGCCGAGGAGCACCGGCGCGAGAGUCUUGAGCAGCCCAGUGCGAUGGCCUAA